UAUUGAACACUGUCAUCUCUACUAGGUAUAAAUUCACGUGCGAUUCAGUCCAUUUCAACUGUUCAUCAUGAAGAUCUUCCAUCGUAUUCUUGGGAUGUCCGUGCUGGUAUCCGUACUUGCGGACGCUGGUGCAGAGUUGCAGGAGGAAACUAUUGUUUGGCCACAAGAUUCAAACAACCCUGGCAGAGGCACAACUUCUUGGAAAAUUCAAACAGGUGUUUUGGAAUCAGAAGCGGAUCUAAACGAAAGGCAUGCCACAUACGACAGAAAAAUACUAGCGAUUCUCAUUGCCAGUGAAUCAAAACUCGAAAAUCCGGAUUAUAUUAUGGGUAUGAAGGUGAAAGCUGCGACUGAAUUUGCAAGCCACAAUGUUGAAAAUGGAGUUUUCUUAACUCUCAGAACAGAAGCUCUCCCUAAAGGAAGUCCAACUAAAAAUGACCGACUCCUUGAGGAUCUUUGGUUCGACUGGAAAGAUAAGGUCCAACUUGUCAUUGUUUCUGAUAAAGCUGACCAUGAAAUGAGAUCUUCAAAAUAUAAAGGCAAAGAAAUUUACACCUUGAUCCACGACUUCGAGCCGGAGUGUACGAAAACCUGGAAAGGUGUAACGGAUUCAUGUUUGGAAAUGUACAAGAGAUCGACAACGUUAUUGAUCGAGCAAAGAUCUCAACGUCAAUACGUUUGGAACGUCAUGCUCAUAGUUCAUGUGGAUGACCUAGGGGAGGAUUAUCUAAAAGGACUCUGUCCAAAUCGAAGAGAGCCGCAUCAUUAUCCUAUGGUGUACCACGACAAAUUUGGAGCGACGCAGGUGGAGGAUGUAAUUGGUGGAUAUUCGAAUGGGGGACCUGAAGAUCCUAUCAUAUGGCCAUGCCAUGUCCAGGAAUAAGCCAGUCCAUGGAAACGCAGCACUCACUUGGGUAGACAAACUCUUGUAACGUACAUGCAAUCAAAUAUAGAACUAUGUUUCACUA